GUCGGACUCUAACGAUUCCCCUCUCGCUCCGUCUCGUCAGUCCGGCCGUCUUCCUCCCACACCCCUCCCUCCGUCUCUCCGCAUUCCGCAUCUCUCUCUGGGUGUUUACGGAAUGGCUGCGGCUUCGACGGAGCCCGCGCUCCCCGGCGGCUCCCCGGCGGACGAGGACGCGGAGGCGGUGGUCGCCAGCGACGAGCUGCGCCAUCUCCCGGACCAGGCGCUGCAGGCGAGGCUGCAGCGCAUGCAGGCCAGCAUCCACGGAGGCAUCGCCGCCCGCCUCCCCGACGGCGGCAGGACGUAUCGCCGCAAGCUCCUCGCCGUACGCCGCGAGCUCGAGCGCCGCAAGGGCCAGGCUCCUGCGCUCCCCGCCACGGCCCCGCACUCACCGUCGCCAUUGCCCUCUUCCCAGCACCCGCCGCCGUGCCAAGGCGGGCCGCCGGACGACGUAGGAUGCAAACAUAUUGUGGAAUCGUCUGAUGUACAAGGGACCUCUUCCUUGCCUGAUCAGGUGAAAGAUGAGCAAAUGGAGACCCCUGUAUGUCCAUCAAAGCAGCUGCCGGAUGCACACAUCAUCAAACCAAAAGUAGAGCCUUGCGACGACACACUGUCGCCAGCUCCAGAUGCGAGCGAGGAUUGUGAGACCACCCCACUCUCCUGCAGCCACCCCUUCUUCACCAUCAUCCUGUCGAGAUCUCAUGUUCAGAAGCCGUUUCAGCUGUACAUUCCAGGCCGCUUCCACAAGCACCUCCCGGAGGAGCGCACUUCCGCCACCCUCAUCUGCCGUGGGAGGUCAUGGGCCAUGCGCUACUGUGGUGACUUGAAGACGAAAAGGCUGGAUGCAGAUUGGAUGGACUUCGCUGUCGACAACCGGCUGCAGGUCAACGAUGCCUGUGUCUUCGAGCUUGUGACUGGCACCAGAGAGGAGGUGGUGUUCCAGGUCCAGAUACUACGUGGCGGCCUGCCGAAGGAUAUCACCUCUAAAGGGUACACCGCCGACGAGCCUCUGGUCAUUGUGGGUUAGAGGUCAGGUCAAGAGAUGCUUCUUGUUGCAUGUAGCACAGGAAAGUAGGAGCUUUUGCGCGCUCUUAGAAUCUGGAUUCCUCACAUGGUCUGCGUAUUUUGGGUCAGUUUACUGACGGAAUGGUUUUGGAAGGUGAUGCAUGUUGGGUUCUGACCUUGUAAUUCCCCAAAACAAUUUGGUAAUGAGAAAAAAAUCCAUAUUAUCUGGACAA